UAAUUUUACCUUGACCAAUCAGCGCCGUCUUAUUUUGGAGGCGGGGCACUUAUUAACUAAUGACCUUUGAGCUUGAAGCUGUAUUUUCUGUGCAACCAAUAAAGUUUUAUUUGAAGAUAGAGGAACAGAAUUUGACCGAAUGGGGGCUGUCACCGAUGAUGAAGUUAUUCGGAAGCGCCUGCUGAUUGAUGGCGACGGCGCCGGUGACGACCGACGCAUCAAUGUGCUUCUGAAAAGCUUCACAAAAUGGUGUUAUUCUGGAUCAGCAGAGGACGGGUUCACACAGUACCAGAGAAUGUUGGGCACCCUGGCGCAGUGUGAAUUCUCAAUGGGAAAGACUUUGCUGGUGUAUGACAUGAACCUAAGAGAAAUGGAAAACUAUGAAAAAAUAUACAAUGAUAUUGAGCAAAGUAUCAUGUCUGCACAUGACAAAAUAUCUGAAUGCAAAAAAGAAAUAAUGAGAGCCAAGAGAAUACGGAAGAAUCGACAAGAAUAUGAUGCUCUUGCAAAGGUAAUCCAACAACAUCCAGACAGACAUGAAACGCUGAAGCAACUGGAGGCUCUUGACAAAGAACUGCAGCAACUCUCUCACAUAAAGGAGAAUGUGGAGGACAAACUUGAACUGAGGAAAAAGCAGUUUCACGUGCUACUGAGUACCAUUCAGGAGCUUCAGCAGACGCUGGAGAAUGACGAGAAGUCUGAAAAUGAGGAGUCCCAGGGAAGUCCAAUGGAUAACUGAGCGGGAACUCUUCUACAAUCUCUGUUCCUUCUGUACAACCAUAUGCUAGAAUAAUUUCAGUUGGUGUUAAUUUUUUUUCUUGUGUUCUUAAAACAUUUUUAUACUGAAAAUAUGAACUUGUUUUUUUAUUAGCUUAAAAUACAUUUGUGCACAAAUAAAAUGUUAAAAUGG